UGGGCAGGUAGCUAGCUUCUCUCUUGCUAGCUGUUUACCAAACUGCAUCAAUUACACAAGUUUAGCUGUGUACUCACAUUUGAUAGUAUAGAUUUGAGGACGUGUUUGGCGCAUUACCGAUUUGUGGUUGUCUUAUCAAAUAAUUAAGGCGAGAGUGUGAGAACAGCGCAGCUAGCCGGUCACCAGAGCUGGCUGGUGAAUGUCUGUCAGUAGUAGCCUCGGGUUAGCUUGAUUGCUAACGCUAGCUGAGCAGCGGUAACACACGUUUUCUCUUUAAAGCAAGGUGGAGGAAUGAACCACAAGAGUAAGAAGAGGAUUAAAGAGGCGAAACGGAGCGCCAGACCCGAGCUUAAGGAUUCAGUAGACUGGAUAAAACACGGUUAUUAUGAGACUUUCGACCUGUCACAUCGCACCGUAAAGGACAAUGUUGAGCGUGUGGAUGCCCUUCAUCUUACUCCUGAAGAGUUCAUCCAGCGCUUUGAGCGUCCCUACAAGCCUGUUGUCCUGCAGAACUGCCAGAAGAACUGGCCGGCCCGAGAAAAAUGGACUGUGGAGCGCCUCAAGCGCAAAUACCGCAACCAGAAAUUCAAAUGUGGAGAGGACAACGACGGGUACUCUGUGAAGAUGAAGAUGAAAUACUAUGUCGAGUACCUGGAGAGCACCAGGGAUGACAGCCCACUCUACAUCUUUGAUAGCAGCUACGGUGAGCAUGCCAAACGCAGGAAGCUGCUAGAGGACUACGAGGUCCCCGUCUUCUUCAGGGACGACCUCUUCCAGUUUGCAGGAGAGAAGCGCAGACCGCCCUACAGAUGGUUUGUGAUGGGCCCGGCGCGCUCUGGCACUGGAAUCCACAUCGACCCUCUGGGCACCAGCGCCUGGAACGCCCUGGUUCAGGGACAUAAGAGGUGGUGUCUCUUCCCCACCAACACACCCCGAGAGCUGAUCAAGGUGACCAGAGAGGACGGUGGUAAUCAGCAGGACGAGGCUAUUACCUGGUUCAACAUAAUUUAUCCCAGAACACAGCAGCCAAACUGGCCUCCAGAGUUCACGCCACUGGAGAUUCUCCAAAGACCCGGGGAGACUGUUUUUGUGCCUGGUGGGUGGUGGCAUGUUGUCCUCAACCUAGACACAACAAUUGCCGUCACUCAGAACUUUGCCAGCACAACCAACUUUCCCAUUGUGUGGCACAAAACAGUCCGAGGACGACCCAAACUCUCCAGGAAGUGGUAUCGGAUUUUGAAGCAGGAGCGGCCUGAGCUGGCAGCACUGGCAGACAAAGUGGACCUGCAGGAGUCAACAGGCAUUGCAUCCGACAGCUCUAGUGACUCUUCGUCAUCCUCCUCCUCCAGCUCAUCUGACUCUGCCUCUGAUGCAGAGUUGGGCUCUGAGGGAGACCCCAUGUCGCACCGCAGGAAGAAGAGACGGACCUGUGGGAUGACGGCCAACGGCGACACCAGUAGCCAGGACGACUGUGUCAGCAAGGAGAGGAGCUCGUCACGGUGACCUCCAGCCUCUGUGUAACCUCUACCCAACCUCCAAUGAACAAACCUACAACUCCAGCCGCUUCUAGUCUAGUUUAGGUAAAUGUCUGAAUCCUUGAAUGAAGGUCCUCUGGCUGGCUGUCUUUAGAGAUAAGAUGGCUGCCACAGAGAGGUGAGGUGUAGAUAAAGGACGAGGGUCCUUUGGGGCAUGGGCCUGCUGGAAACCUGCCACCACUGUGCUUUUCAACACCAAUCAGUAUCUCUUUGUGUCUGUACCUUCUGUGGUCUGAGGACAUGGAGGAAAAUGUGAAGAGAACUAAUAACCAAUAAUGGACUGGUCAGGGUUUUAAGAAAGGAACUUGUUAUUGGGCUCAAACUCUCUGAGCUCAUUCUGAUUUAAUGGAGCAGUGGAAUAUGUUCAAGGGUCAUAUUUAAAUUUAAAAGCACCAACAGUUAAGUAUAUAUUGCCCUCAAUAUCUAAUAUUAAGCACCCGGGCCUCUGGUUUCAUGGCAAUAAACUAGCGGUGACUAAAUGCAAGGUCAGGCUGUCAGGUCUUAGGAAGUAUUAAGAAGUCUUACAUUUAAUUCAGAAAAGUCUUAAAUAUUUUUCUCUUGCCUGAUGAUUUUAGCAAAGAAUUAAGUGAGCUAAAUGAGCUAUUUUUAAAUCUUUCCAUCCCUGUUCUUUACCUUGAACCAGAUCCAUUAUUUUUUUAAUUUACAUCAUUAGGAAUUACCACCAUUACAAAUAUGCUGCAUAUUGUCCCAUCAGAAUUAUCAUGUGAUCAUGGGCUCCAGAUACGUAUUUUUGUAUGUCCGUUAAUACUGUUUCCCACCUAUAGACAUUGCUAACAGAUUAGUCUGGUCUAUGUUUGGUGUCAUCAAAUCCCAUGUACAGAUCCAGUCCAGUAAAGUGUUAGUUCAUCUCUCAACACUUUCUGGCUCCCAUUGCCUGUGUGUGACUCUCUGGGCUCCGACUGAAGAUGUUGACCUAAAAACAUAUAGGUUCCUUUUAAAAAGUGAUGUCGUCAAAUGGCUGGUCACUGUAGUUUUUAAUCAGUCAAAUAGGAGGGAAUGGUGCAUUUGUUGGGGAUUAAUUCACACUUGGCCUCUAGUUGUGUCUUGAUGGUGAUGUGAGGUCAUUGACGUGUUGGUAACAGUUUUUUGGACAGCAGUGGAGCUUGAUGGCAGAUACAUCAGGUUUUGAGAUGAACACAGUACUUGUUAGUAGGGUACAGUCAGUAUUGGUUUGGAUCUGCUCAUGAAGAAAUAUAUAAAUGAUCACCUAACCUGUACGUCAAAUAAGCCACCUAUGAAACAAAGCAGUAAGUAAGUAUGCAGCUAGCUCGUCUUUUCGGUCUGGUCACUGCUGGUUUUGCACAUGUUGCCGAGAAACUAGAGGCCCUAGUCUUCUCCAGAUGUCCUGACCCUCAGCCAGUGUCCCAAAUAGACGUCAUUAAUGAGCAAAUACUCACCACCAAAUGUUGUUUCUGCAUAAAGCUCCACUCGUGUGGUUCCUCCUCAAACUCGUACGAAAUUGUCAGCUUUUCUAUCUGCCUUGGUAAUUAAAUUUAAUGAUGGAAGCAAAACUGUCACUUUACUUAACCAGCCUUUGUGAAACUCAGCAGUUAAGGGCUACAAACACAGGGAAGUUUUUAAAUGUGUCAAAUUCAGAGUUGUAGCCUGCUGCUGGUGUCUGUGUGUUUUACUGUAUCAGAUUCAGGAAACUUGUGUUGAUGAUGAUGUGAAAGCAGCAGCAUCACUAGUGUGUGUCUGAGGGAGUUUCAGCAGCCAAGUCACUAAUGUUUCUGCCACUUUGAUGCUCUGCCUGCUUCGUGCCAAUGCUGCUGUCAUGAGGUGUUGAUUCACGCUAGCCCUGGCAGCCAUAAUACAGCAGAGAGCACUACGUUUGCUGCAGGAUCUGGAGUGUGAUCAUGAGCUGACGUGUUGCAGAUUGAACACAGUUUAUAACCAUUUAUUCAUGUUCUGCAUCUUAAUGAAUUACAGCUGAGCUCUCCGAUGUCAAGUAGAAGAAAUAUAGGUGAUUCUACCUUUUUGUCAAGCUGCUGAUAAUUGCUUUAAGUGAAGUGGAUCCUGCUUGUUCAACAUGGAGACAAUUAGAAGAUCACAAAUAAUUAAAUUCUUAGUUAUUAAUGAAUCUGCAAUUAAGGUUGUUGAUUAAAUUGAUAGAAAAUAAAUCUGCUGAAUAAUUUUAGAAAAGUGGUAAAAACAAAACGGGUUUAAAAUUGGGCUUUUUUGUGUACCUUGUUGGUCUUCUGUGACAGUAAGCUGUAUAUGUUUGGUUUCUGGUCUGUUGGUCGGACAAAACGACUUUUACACAUUUUACACUAUUGCUGCCAUUUGAAGACCAGUUACUUCCAACCAGGGGUAUUUGUGUUAGUGAGAGGCUGUUCUUUGGCAUUUUUAUUGCCACAGGAAGUGACCAGUAGCACGCCACCUCCCCACCAGUCUGAGCCAGUUGUAACACCUGAGCACCACCUGUCAGAAUGGGAGCACUAAACGGAUCAGUCACAACAGAUGGCUUUAAGUGCUGAUAAAGCCAUUGCAAACACAACCAACUGAAAACGGCAUUGGUUCAGUAAAACACAUUUGGAACUAGUCAGGCGAUGCUGAUUGAGUAUUUGCGUUGAGUUGGCAGGGCUGUGCAUGGGAGACAAAGGAAUAGUCGAACCAAUAACAAUAAAUAAUGAAUCAACUGCUGGCCUAGUGCUCAUUAUUUUCUUAAUUGAUUUUUUUUAUUUUUUAUAGAAUCAGAAAACAGUGGAAAAUGGCCAUCACAGUUACUCAGUGCCCAAAUAGACAUUCGGAAAUGUCUUGGACAAUUAAUAUACAUGAAUUUACAAAAAUACAAAAUGUGU